AUGGUCAAAGAAAAGAAGGCAAUAAGCGUCGUGUUCAAACAAGCCUUGGGGCUGGAAAGCCAAUUUCUAGCCCCCAAGUUAUACGAGGGUGUACUUUGUGUAGCAAUGCCCUGGCUGACGGAUCUACAUCGUCGUGCAUCUCAGCUGAAAGCAGAUCCCGACAAGAGGUCCCCGAUGAUGAUGCGUCUCGCUGUGAUGGGCUCGUUCUGUGUUGGUGGCUCGGCCUUGCCGACAGGGCUGCAAGAUGCAGAUGUGCCCGUGAAAGGCAUUUUGCAUGUCUUUCAGCUGGGAAGUUGCCGCCACGACCCCGCAUUGCUCUGGAGGACGAUAACAACAUGA